AUGAAGAUUCCUGCAUUCAGUAGGAUCUUGAACGUCGGCGUGGACGUGAACGACUCUUGCUUUUCCUCGGUUCUUUGGAAUCCUGACAUGUCGCAAUUGCUAUUAAAAUUUUCCAAAAUUGGUUCCUACGAGGAGCCAGAAAAAGAGGAAGCGCACCCGUACACCGACGACAUACGGGAGGACCAGAAAAUCUCACUCCUUAUCGCAUCCUCUGAGUCAGAUCCCCGGCAGCAGAUGCGCCACUGUUAG